AUGGCGACACUAUAUGAUGAUCUCCAGGCCAGAGAUGGAGUUGAGAUACGACUGGUCACACUUGAGGGCAUUGACAAGACAACCGGCAAGAUUGAAUGUCGUCUCGAUACUGUGCGAUUGAGCGAUGGCCCGGAGUACCGCGCUUUGUCCUACUGCUGGGGCGACGCAAGCAGACCAUCAGAUAUCAUCUGCAAUGGCUUUCAAUUGUCUGUCACUCGGAAUCUUGCAUCAGCCCUGGUUUGCCUACUCUCCAAGGGCAAGGCCAAUGACUUGUCUUUGACCUUUUGGAUUGACAGUAUCUGCAUAAAUCAGAGCAACCAUGCAGAGAGGCAAGCUCAGGUUAUGUUGAUGGGUAGUAUCUACCGCCAAGCCGUGGAAGUCAUUGUCUGGCUGGGGCCGGCCAGCGACAAUAGUGAUUUGGCUUUUCGGGUCUGCCAUCGACUAUCGGGCCAGGAGACUGGAGCUCCCACAAGAAGUCAAAGAAGAGCGGGUUCACGCGAAUUUAGCAAAAGGAUAAAAGCUUUGUAUACACCACUCACAAAUGUUUUUGGCGAUAAGAGCAUAAAUUUCAAAUAUCGUGGAAUCCGGACAAUUAUCAGAGAGAUGAGAGCUGUUCACGAUAUACUGACGAGACCAUGGUGGUCGAGGGUCUGGAUCAUCCAAGAGGUUACUUUGGCAAAGCAUGUUGUCGUUUUCUGCGGUGACGCUCAUAUAUACUGGGACCAACUUCUGGUAGGGGUAAUUGCCUGUCUAGAUUGGCCUCGGGCAAAACAUUAUAUCGACCUCGCCACGGCACACUAUGCAAGAGUUCUUUUCCAGGCUCGGCAAGUGGUGAUGUGCUACAAUCAUGAUUCAAGCCGGCUACUUUUUCACCUGAUCAGUCAGUGCAGGUGGUCCAAGGCAACUGAUCCGCGUGAUAAGGUCUAUGGCUUGCUUGGUUUAGCCAGCAUCGACAGCGAUAGCUCGAAUGUCAGAGUGGACUACUCACAAAGCAUCGAGGACUGUUACCGUACGGCAUUGCUCGAUAUAAUUAAGGCUAGUGGUUCAUUGGAGAUCUUGCAGCUCUGUCGGAAGCCUCCCGGCCUGAAAGCUACAUACAAAAGCCCUCAAUUGCCUUCGUGGGUGCCGGAUUUAAGGCUCGAUGCAAGCGAUCUCCACCAAGAGACUGACCUCCAUGGCUUCGGGCCCCUAGGGUUUCAAUCCGCGCCUGGGAUUGAAGACUUGAUAUCACAACACCCAGGAUGGCAGACGCAAAUGUUCUCCGCGAGUAAAGGGAGCGUCGAACGCAAUCCAAAUUUGAUCAACGACAAGGUACUGAUGGUGUCAGGUCUGAUGAUUGACACAGUUAAUGGGAUCGGUGAGGUACUGACUGGUCUUAAGGAGCAGAAUGACCCUCAAGUCACAGAGCCAUGCUCCAAAAGUUGCAGAGGGGCAGCCAAGUCUCAAACUCCGUGGACACUUAUCAAGUCUCUACUGAAACAUUUUUCUGGAUUCGCCAAAAGCCAUGAGGAUGUUGGCACCGACAAGUUAUUACUGAUAAGCUGGAAGCGACUAGCAUUUUCACAUGGCGUCGAAUACCCAACAGGAGAGACUCUGAAUCGUGCUUUCAGUGCAACUAUUCAUCGGAGCUGGCUAGGCGAGCAUCCCGAGAGGACUAUAACGAAUCACAAUGCCCAAUGGAAGCGGUCGCUGAGUAGAAUCGAGGCUUUCGACCAAAAGUUCAUGGAAAAGAGGUUUUCUCAUACAAGCAAACUUCGUAAGAGUGUCGCUGGUAUGGUCUGGGGUUCGGUGAAAUUCUUGAUUGGCCAAGGAACUCUACUUCACGGAUAUGCCAGUAAGUAA